AGUGGACCAAUAAGAAGAAAUACCGGAUUAAAUAUAAAAAAGGGAGCCGCCGGCACAAGUCCCAAUUUAGAAAUGUUGUACAAGUUUUUCAACUUCUCCGUCCAAUAAACAACCGAAACAGCGUCGUAUACAGAAUCAGAAAUCUCCCCCCAAAAAAAUCAAAAUAUAUACCUCAGCUUACACACCAAUUUAUCCAGUUCACACACAGUCACUGAGAAAGAAAGAGAGACCUGCGGUGGUAGGUGGCGGCGGCGAUGGGUUGGGCAAUAGCACUUCACGGCGGCGCUGGCGACAUCCCACGUUCGAUGCCUCCGGAGCGCCGUGAGCCCCGAGAAGCCGCCCUCCGCCACUGUCUCCAGAUCGGCGUCGACGCAAUUAAAGCUGGCCGAUCACCACUUGACGUCGUCGAACUCGUUGUUCGUGAACUAGAAGAUAACCCGCAUUUUAAUGCUGGUAGAGGCUCUGUCCUGACAAGCAACGGCACAGUGGAGAUGGAAGCUUGUGUAAUGGUGGGAGAUACGAAGAAAUGUGGAGCUGUCUCUGGUCUUACUACAGUUAAAAACGCCGUAUCUCUGGCAAGGCUAGUUAUGGAGAAAACUCCUCAUAUCUAUCUUGGAUUUGAUGGCGCUGAACAGUUUGCAAAAGAACAAGGCGUCGAAACUUUAGAUGCAAGCCAUUUUAUAACUCCAGAAAACGUUGAUAGAUUGAAACAGGCGAAAGAAGCUAACAAAGUUCAGAUUGAUUACACACAACCAAUUCAAAAAGUCGAAGAAGAGGAUGAAUCAGCAUCACUUCCCAACGGUGACAGUCAAAUCGGAACUGUCGGGUGUGUGGCUGUCGACAGCUCCGGCAACUUAGCGGCCGCCACAUCCACCGGCGGAUUGGUCAACAAAAUGGCGGGAAGAAUCGGAGAUACUCCAAUCAUUGGAGCUGGAACUUACGCCAAUAGCUUAUGUGCCGUUUCAGCUACCGGCAAAGGCGAAGCUAUAAUUAGAGCUACUAUAGGUAGAGAUGUGGCGGCUCUAAUGGAGUAUAAAGGGCUUUCUCUCGAAAAAGCGGCGGCUUACGUUGUGCAGGAAUGCGCUCCGGUAGGAACUGUUGGUUUGGUUGCAGUUUCGGCUAAUGGACAAGUUACUAUGCCUUUUAACACUAAUGGCAUGUUUAGAGCUUGUGCUAAUGAAGAUGGUUAUACUCAUGUGGGAAUUUGGCAGGAUUAAUGUCUCUGUGGAAAUUAAUUCUGUGCUGUUAAUUAUUAAUUUUUGGAUUGAUUUUGAGGUUUUGUUACUUAGAUUUUGGCUGAAAUUUAAUCAUGGUUGUCUAUAGAAAUAUUUGUGAAGCAUUGAUGUACUUACAAUUUUUCAUAGAAGGUGUAAAUUUCAUUUUUAUAUUA